AUGGUUCUCGAGGUUCCUCUCGACGAAAGAGUUGACGAAGUUGACACGUUUCUUGCAUCACAAGAUGGUCAAGUUCAACGACCAAAAGGACCAAAUUGUCGUCAUCCAGCUCGUCAAAAGUGUACAAACUGUUUGCCUGUUGAUGUAAGUCCUUUAAUUGGUUUGUCAUGUAAAAAUGUAUGCUUUAUUUUAGCCAUUUGAUGAAGAAUAUUUGAAAGAGAAAGAUAUCAAGCAUAUGAGUUUCCAUUCUUAUGUAAGAAAACUAAAUGGAUCACAAGGAAAAGGAACAAGUUUGAAGAAACCUUUGGAAAAUAUCAGAUGUUCUAUAAAGUUGGAAUGUAAUUCGCAUAAACCAUUUCCAAAGGGAAUUUGUACCAAAUGCAAGCCACCAGUUGUCACUUUAAAUCGCCAAAAAUAUCGACACGUGGAUAAUAUUCAAAUUGAAAAUCAAGAUUUGGUCAAUUCGUUCUUGGAUUAUUGGAGAAUUUCUGGUCAUCAACGCGUUGGCUAUCUUAUCGGAAGGUGAAACUUAAUUAAAUAUUUUUUUUCUAUUUAUUGCGAAAUUUCAGAUAUCAACCAUUUUUGGAAGUUCCACUUGGUAUCAAAGCUACAGUAGCAGCAAUUUAUGAACCACCACAAUAUUGUAAAGAAGAUGGUAUUGAAUUUUUAGAGGAGAAACAUGAAGAAACUGUGAAUAAACUUUUGGGAUGGCUUGGUCUUCAACGUGUUGGUUGGAUAUUUACGGAUUUGUGGACUGCUAAUCGUGCCGAAGGUACUGUACAUUAUACACGUCAUAAGGAUUCAUUUUUCCUUUCUGCGGAGGAAUGUAUUACUGCUGCUUCAUUGCAAAACAAAUAUAAAAAUGUAACUGAUUAUUGUAUGGAGCGAAAAUUCGGAUCGAAAUUUGUUAGUGUUGUUGCUUCCGGUGAUGAAUCGUUGCAUGUCAAUUUCCACGGUUAUCAAGUUUCGAAUCAAUGUUCAGCGAUGGUCGAGGCUGAUAUUUUAUGCCCAACUUUAUACACACCAGAAUUGGCAUAUGUUAGAGAAACUCCAUUGAGCGAUAAACAUUAUAUCACAGAUGUUCAAUACACUGUAUGUUUACUAGUAUCAAUUUUACGAAAAUUCUGAAGAAUUAUUUUUAAAAUCUUUUAGGAAAAAAAUGAAUAUGGCGCAGAAGUGAUGAAAAAUGGUCGUCCAUUACCAGUGGAAUAUUUAUUAGUUGAUGUUCCCGCUGGUAUGCCAAAAGAUCCACAUUACACUUUCAAUGUCAAUAAAAAUGCUCAAUUUUAUAUUGAAAAUCGACAAGAUGUUGGUCAUAUUCAAGGAGGCCAAAAUUUGGCACAAUAUUGUGCCGCAUUUUCAAUGAAUCAAUUUUUGGAGCAAGCCACUAAUUUCCAUUUCUUGUUGUUUUUGAUGACUAAUGAUGUGGUGCAAAUCAAUGAUAUUUGGAUGAAAUUGUUGUGUGAUGCAGUGAUAACACAAAAUCGAGGAGAUGCGCAAGAUUGGGCGAGAGAUUGUGAGGAUUGGCAUCAACUUGUUGCAUUGUCACAUGCUCAUUCAGAAGGUGUGUUUUUGGGAUAAAAUAUAUAAUUUUCAAUUAUUCAUGAAUUUUUUAAAGUUCCUUGAAAAAUAUGAAAAUUAGAAAUUAGCAUCUAUUGAGCCUUUUUUUCCUAAUUUAUAGAAAUUUUUUUUUCCAAAAAAACUUCUUAAUUUUCACAACAAUCAAAAAUGAAAUUCAAAUUCGAAUCAAAUAACUUCACCUUCUUUGGUAUCUAUUACAUAAUAGGUGUUUAUCUGUUGAUCUCUGAUUAUUAAGUUUGUCAAAACCCGUCUUAUUAUUCUCAACUGUUUUUUUUUGAAGACGUUGCCGCAAUUCCUGGCGAAUCGGCUUCAUCCGGCGGAAAAUGGGCAUGCGGUCAUUGUACAUUCGAAAAUGAUGCUGGACGACAAGAUUGUUCAAUGUGUGGACUUCCAGCCAACUAA